AUGGAAGAUACAGAGCCAAUGGAUGUUGAUGAGUCCCCUCCCCAGGGUGCCAAAGAAGAUCCUAAUGUCUGCAAUGCCACCAACAGGUAAAAGCAUGCUUUGAUUGAAACCUGCAGUAAUGUAUGUAACUCAAGACCUUUAGGUUCUAAUGAGUAAAGCAUACUACUGGGAUGGGCUUACCAGUAAUAAUUGUGUUUUUCCAAUGAAAUGUUUUGGUCUUGGUUUUCGUGGCAACCCUAAGUUCCGUCCCCUAGGAGAGGGCCAUUCAGCCAUGACACAAACAAAUCUGCUUGCGUUCUCUUGAACAGAAUUCUACAUAUGUAGAUUUACUUGGUUAAUUGACCUUAUAAGACUCAGCCACUGGCACAUGCACUGACCAGGGAUAAUUUUAUAACAUGAAGUCAAACCUGUAUUUAUGUUCAGGGUCUCCCUUAGCUUGGGGAAAGGCUAUCUUAGCAUUUAAGAGAUAGCAUCCACAAAAGCAGUCCAGCCGAUGUGGCUUAAAAAAGUAGAUUUUGCUCAUUUCCUGUACUCUGAAAUACUUUCAUGUCCUAACACUAAAACUACAAUCUGCUUGAUCUGGUCUUUUAAAUAUUUUAUCGAGUUAUGAGAGAUUUUCUGAUCACCCCAGCGAACACUCAAGACGACCCAUAUUCAGGCUUUGCCUACAGCUGUAGUCGUUGUACAGCAUUUUCCUUCUCCCUCUUGGUCAAUUCACUUUGGUGACAUGUAUGAGACAAACGCGCAGGAAACACUCAGACGAAAACAGAGUGUGCAUGUGUGCGUUGCUUUGUUGUUGAUGUAAUUGUAAACAGCUGGAAAUUACUGACUCGUCCCCAGUCGUCUCUCAUCAUCUGUAAUAUUUGUGGGAUUGACUUUUGCAGUCUGCCCUUGAAAAGUCAUCAGAAUGUUAUCCAUAGUCCUGUGAAGAUUGAUUUCUGCUUCAUCAUUCUUAUUGGAGUUUGUAGCUCUUAUCCCAUUUAAACGACCGUGCCAAUUUUCAAUACAAUACUGUAGUGACCCUCUGUGUAGUAUACUAACUAGUCUUAGAGCGCAAAUCUUGAAUACAGUGUACAUGUAAUCAGAAAAACAAACUUUCAAAUAAAAUUCAUUAGCUGCAUAUCGAAAAGUGUCUAAAAACUGAACCUUAAAGUAAAAAUUCUAUGAAAUUCACCAACAUUCGCAAAAGUGAUGCAUGUGAUGUGAGAAGCAUUAAAUGCAACUUGGAUGCUGCAGUCUCAAGAUUGUGUAUAGAGCAAAUGUUAUCAAUGAAAGAACACACCACAACAAACAGAGAAAUUAUUUCUUGAAAAAUUUUAUUUGAAAACCCAUGAAUUAGUCCUUACAAGCAAUUCGCCUAACACAAAUGUGGCUCACGGAUCCGUUCACACAAGAAAAAUCGGCUGAGCACAUGGCAUAAAUAAUUCAACACAGAUGAGCACAACUCUUAAAUCUUAGGGCGCUCAAGCCAAUCUCAAAAAUGUAUGAAGGUCUAAGAAUGAUGAAUAGUUAUAUACAUUUGUAAGUUUCCUUUUAAAAAUGUCAUUUUCUUGACCAUAGUGAGAGUACAAAAUGUACAGGUUUGGAUCUGUGAAACGUUCGAACGGUGCGACGUGGAAUGCCUGAGACAUUUCAGUGGCAUUGUUCCCAGUUUUGCAUCUAUUCUGACAAAACAACAAAGUGUCCAUGGUGGAAAUUACCUCUUAAAAACCUCUAGAAAUGCCUUUUCGAAGAUUCUAAAUUUCAAAAUUUUCUAAGGGUAUGUCCCUAGAUGCCCCAGCCGGCUGUGAGUUCCAAAGCCACCUACUACAGUCAUUGUAUUCGUUAUCGGCUAGACUGAUACAUGUACUUUUAAACUUUUUGACAGCCGUGUACUAGUUUAGGAGGCAAACAAUAUUAUUAUAAGACUUAUGAGAUAAUUGCUGUAUCCCACUCUGUUUGGGUUGAAACCAGCCCUUCCCAACAUUAGCAUUUUUCUGUACAAAUGAUAUUGACACCAGUUUUUUGUGUCUGUCAUCUUUUUGAUGAUAAAAUGACGUCACAACAUUGUCAAAGUGUUGUGGGAUCCACACAAAGUUGUUGUGUCAUUUUAUCAUCAGUAAGAGGACAGACACAUAAAAAACUGACAUCGAUUUGUUUUUUUACAAUAACAAAAGUGCGAAAAAGCCAAAUUUGCCAGUAAAAAUGAGGAGAACACAAAAUUUAUGACAUUUUUAAACUAGUGCAAUGUUACUGUCAAUAACUUUUUUCGCUUAGUCAGGGCUAAAAAUUAACUCCAGUGCUUGGUGGCCAGUCGGGCCAGGGGCCCGUUUCUCGAAAGGCCCAGUAACUUUUCGGGCCGGAAAUAAAAUAUUCAAAUCGAAAUAUAAAGAAUAAGAGCGCGGGUCCUGGCAAGCAAACUACUCCAUUUUGUUUCAUUAACUGACAGUUUUAUCAUGUUAGAUGCAAAACUAUUGAAACCUCGAUCUUUAAUGUAAACAGAGACAGCUUACCGGGCUCAUUAAUUAUCGGGACUUUCGAGAAACGGACCCCAGUUUCCUUGAAUUCUUAGUGGCUCAUCCCAAAAUGACGUAGCCCUCGAUUUCCUCUAGUUUAAACAGAAAAACUUGAAUAAACGUUCCAUUUCUUUUAACAGAGCAUUAGCUCAAAGGAAAGAACACAAAAAGGCAAUGCCCCCAGUAAUACCAUGAGACAUUUUUCUUUAACAUUUCAGCCAUUCAUUUGGCACUAUAAAAUUAUUAGAGGUGUUGAGUGUUUUUAUUUAUUCAAGUAAAUGAAGUAAACCGCAAUAAUUUUAAAGUAACUUCAAGAAUUUAUUUGCAAAAAAAAUCAUUGUCGGUGUAAAGUCUGUUCUCUUGAAAGCGAAAACGUGUGCUUUGAAACCAUCCCGCACGGAACUCUGGGUAAGUCCAGAGUCACGUGGCAAUCACAAAAUCAAAGUGGCGUCUAUAUGUUGUGAAUGUGGAUCGCUCGUGAAAUCACUGUUAAAACUGCUCGGAAUUUCCACUUGAGAACUAAAAAUUCACUAAAAUGGAUUAUGUUAGAGUCAAGGCAAAGAAAUGAAGAGAAAGGUAGUCCAAUUAAACUACAUAUUGAGUUUUAUUUUUAACUUUGUACUUCGCAUAAUUUAUUAUUUACAUUGCAACUUUUCAAAAUUCUGUAUCAAACCUUAACUUUUGGUGGCCCUGGUCAGGUUUAACUCGCCACUGGCGACCGUGCGACUGCCAAUUUUUAGCCCUGCUUAGUGAUUGGCUACUGAAGACACACAGUGGAGUUUCAUUGGUUAAAAAUUUGACAGGUUGAGUCAUGCCACUGCCCUGCGUAAAUUAGGAAUAUAUUGUUUUCCAAACUUCUAUUCAGAACAAGAAUCAAAUCAGCAAUGUUUAUUUUCUCAAAAAAUGGAGGCAUUUUAGAGUAUUAUAAAGCCAUUCAGCUAUUUGAACUGCGUUCAAUCAAACCAAAAGGUGGGUUUUAUAUGCAUUUAGUCUUUCAUUCAGCUUACCAGGUGCUUAAAAAGUUUGUGCAAAAAGUUUGUUUUCCUUUCCAGUAAAAAGAAGACUACCAUAAUCAAUGUCUUUUUUCUGAAAAAACUACACUUUCAGAACGGUUUUCUUAUUGUUUUUAACUUUGAAACUGUGUAUAAAUGUUAAAAGCUUAUAUCUGAAUCCGGCCCAGUUUUGAAGCAGUGCGAUUUCUAGAAAGUUGUCUUCGCUUGUGGAAACUAAGUGUUUUUGUUCAGUUUCCUCUGCUUGAGCUUUUUGUAAAGAAUUGAAACAGAUAAAAGUCUUGCAUCAGAGCUAUUUGGCUAUUAAUCUUUUCUUAGUAGACAGAAAGUUAAUCUUUUACGAAACUGAACUAAAGAAAAACAUCGAAGUUUGGCAUUCAUGCGGCAAAUGACUGCGUCUUGUAUAAAUUAAUAUUUGCUGUCUCUGUGCUCUUAUUGAUCAUAAAAAUUAGCCAAUCAGUGCGCGAGAAAUGAUUCAGUUAUUGUAAAAUCACAAAUUACUGGUACACCAAGGUGGGACUUUGACUUAUUGAAGUCACUUAAUGCAAGUUUAAAAUCCACUGUUGAUAUGGCUUUUGUGAAUCCCCCCUUCCACCUCCCCUCCCCAACAAACACAAAUUCUCAAAACAUGGAGCUCCAUCACACCUGGAAAAGUGCCUAUUUCCAUUAUUCCUCAGGCAACUUCACCCUGAUUACCGGGAUAGGUGUCUUGAUGUUCACAAUGCCAAACAAGGGAAUUACCAUAAUCACAAAGAAGAUAGAAAAAUACUGCAGCAUUAAAUCAAAUUCAUGCACACCAAUUAACCCUUAAAAUUAUUCAUGCUAUGGGCAAAAAAAAAUUCAUACAAGGAAUGUAAUAAUGAAAAAAAAUUCCUGCGGCUUGAAAAUUCCCCUUCCCCCCAUAACUUUUCUAAUGGUCCAUCCCUUAAUGGUACUGGGGAGUUAAGAGUAGAACUCAACUUGUACAUGUACAGUACCGUUCAAAAGUAAGUUGACACUCUAUUCUCGAUCUUAAUCGCGAGUCAAUUCUCGACUGUUGAGUCUCAAUUCUCAAUUCCUGCGAGACUCAUCAAACUGGAACAGCCUUUGUUUAGUUCACUUUCGAGUAAUUCACUGUCGGCCCUUGAUACCCGAUUGCUGUGAGAAUCUACAAGUAACAACCUUUGUUCACAUUUUGAGUAAUCUUCUAACUUCUCUCACAUCAGAAAAAUCUUUGUACUCUAUUGAAGUAAAAAACUCUACUCAGCAUACCUGGUUUGAUUCUUGAGAGAAAUUCCUGAAGUAUGCAAAUAGUAGUAACAAUAGCAGUUGACAACUCUCUCAGGGACAACUCUUCAGAAAAUUUGCAUUUGUUCGCACGGCUCAGGUGAUACUUUGCGUCAAAACCUUAAAAUGUUCAAACGGCGUCUUGCAUCAUCUAAAUAGCAAAAGUUGCCAGCUCACUCUAGUUGAACUUGAAAAGCAAUCCAUGACUUUCCGCCUUGUUUCUGGACAGUAUUUAAGGAUCAUGAACACAAUUUCAGAGCAAGAGAUUAGUCAUGUUACUGAAGGACGUGUAUGUUUACAGCCCUGCAUGGGGUUACAGUUGAUCGUCAUCAAGCCUAGUGGCCGGGUAAGCACAGAAUCGUUUGACGUUACAAAAUAAACGUGCUGUUGCUUGAGUAUGCACUGUUUGUUUGCAUUUGGAGCAGGCGUUUGAAACUUUACUGAAGGAAAUGAAGCUUGAUACAGGUGUUGAAGAAACAUUUGGUUUAUAACUUGACUUGGUCUUGUUUCAUGCAUACAGUCGCUUGCACAAAUAUAACCAUGCCGUGUUGUGUUACAGCUGUACCGGUCAUUGUAAAAUUAUCGAGAAAUCAGUCAUGGGCGAAUCUUUUGUUUUCCGUCCUGUGAGAUUUGAUCCUCGACUCGAUUCUCGAUAGCUUGUUCAAUGAAUCAUGAACCAAGUCGAGAAUCGAGACUCUCAAAGGACUGUCAACUUACUUUUGAACGGUACUGUAUACACAUGUACACCUGAAUGAAGAAAUGUUGCUUGUUAAGUGUUUACUUGAAUAAGCGCUGCGGCGCUUAUUUUAUUUUCGUGUCUCCAGUGCGGCGGUUAUUCGAGGGCCGCACCGAAGCUGCCGCGCUUAUUCAAGGACGGCGCGUAUUAACUUUUCCACUCCAUAUGCGGCACUUAAUCGAGGGCGUAGCUUAUUCGGGGGCGGCGCUUAUUCAAGUAAAUACAGUAAGCCAUAACAUUGAAACCUAAUGGAUUUUUUCCCACCAAGUUUAUUAGCAUUGCAAAUGCAAGUUCUUGCAAGCUGACAUCAUGACGAGCUUCUUGCACUGAUGCAUUUCAGCAAGGUUCGAAGGGUUUUCAGUUUUCUUGGCAACUUCACCUUUGGGCACAUGUUUCUUCAGUGAUCUCUCUAACUAAUCAUAGAGCAUAGCAACAUCACCAGUGUACACUUGAAAAUCAUAAGAGGAGACCUAAAAGUUUUCUGGAAAGUGUCUAAAACAAAGUCCUCUCAGAAUUUUUUUAUCUGCCCGAUCGCGACGAGCUUGUGCUGACCAGGUUAAUGGAAGCGUUUCUAAAUAACAACAUUGAAUUUGCUUUGCUAAUAAAUGUACACCCAUAAAUCCUUUUCGCAGAAUUUCCCACUUGCGAUAGAGAGAGAUUCCGCACACGCUGGUUUAACAAUCGAGGACUGUAUACUUUCGUACGAAUCUGACUUUAUUCUUCACAAUUCGACACUACACGUUCCGUUCUACGAUCAAUUUCAAUCUAACUAAAUUCUACAAAAAUGCUGCGUAUAUUAGCUAAGGAAAUCCACACCCAGAUGCAUAAUUCCGGCAUGGUCACAAUAAUCAAAUGCGGUCUAAGUUCUUUGCUCACGUUUAACAUCGAUUCGUGGGCACUAAUUUCAACUAAUUUCCUAUUAAGCGUGGGUUUACUUGACAAUUAUGGUGCUAAUCCUUAUGUGCGGUUAAGCUAGUAAUACCAACAUUGAUUAAUUCUAACUAUAUAUCUUAUCCCAUGAUAUUUCCUGUUACAAUCUAAACAUCUGUUUUAGCGGUGGCGAGAUAGUGGCUUACUUUAUCAACUACUGAAAAUUUAAUGAAAUAAGAAAAUACAAUCAUAAGCAUUCUAACGUUUCACAACAAUCCUUGAAGCCUAAUCAUUCAUGCAUGGGUUACACUUUUUAACCAACAUUUUUUUCAGUCAGCUGUAGAAACAAGCUCUAGACAUUGCCCUGAAUCAUGUCUGACUCAAAGACUCAAGACGAACCGUGUCAGGCUUUCCUCGUAUAUGCUUAUAAUUAUACUGUACAUGAUGGUAGCGAUUCAAGGUGAUCAGAUAAGCUUGUACGAGAGGAUAUACUUGGUUUCCUUUAUGGUUUUAAAUACCCUAAAGAUAUGAAAGCAUGAUUAUUGUUCCAGCCAAUUUACUUUCGUAAAUCCUGUUCGGCCAGGUCCAAAAAACUGCAACACAUCCUACACAAAAUCCUAUCAGAAAAGGGUGCAAUUUCUAUGUUAAACAGGUCCUAUUAUUUAGCUGCACACAAAACACGUACACUGUAUUUGCACGCUUGCUUACAUAACAAGGAUCGUAUUCCUGGUUCAUAACAAUACCUGUUUAUCAACUUAGAACUAAAAUGUCACAUUUAGGUAAACAAAGUGUCACACUUACUAAACUGUUUAACUUUACUACACCAGUAUUGUGUUCAGUUUACCCAAGGAAGUCUUUUGGUCUGCAUCCCCCAGGAGAGGGCCUUCUAGGUGUGAGACAAGCAAUCUGUCUGAGUUAAUUUCUUGAUUUGCUUUGGUCAAAUGACAAUACAAGAGGCACAUGCACAGGAAAAAAUAACGGAUUCCCAUUUUUGGAUAUAAUCAGGUAUUUAAAGAAAACCCAUAAAAAUCCCAAAUUUGGCAAAGUGAGACAAGUCCCAACCAGGGAAUUCCCAACCAAGUUCAAAAUGUUAAGUGUGCCUACCUGGUAUUUUUUUUCUUCAGAAAAUUUGUUGAGGAUGUGCUACACUGCACAAUAACACUGGAAAAGAAAGAUGCAGAUGCUGCUCUGAGGCCAAUUAAUGCAGUUCUCAACUCAGGGGGUGGCAUUGUGCAGAUGAAAAUUGAUGACUUUUCAAGGUAUAAAAAAGGAGACCUCAAGAAGAGAAUUGAUAUAUUUUGGCAAACAUUAGAGCAAAAACUGAAUCCAAUGAUCCAGCCAUCAACAUAUGAUGAUGUCUUUGAUAAAAAACUUCAAGGAGACACAAUUACUCUUUUCAUCAAAGCAACAAACCAUUUAUGUACUGUGGAUUACAAUAUGCAUUUGCCCUUUGAUGCAGCAUCUUUGUCACGUCCGACUUAUGAAAAAGUUGUUGAUUUAUUAUCCAGGAGAGAAUCUCUUAAAAACCAUAUCCCUAAGGUUCCUUUAACAGACCUUCCUAUUGUUUGUUACCCAAACAAUUCACAUACAAGAAAGUACUAG